UGUAUGGCGAGUCGUGUUGCCUGUCAGGAUGAUAGAGGUAGCAGGAGUCGUCUUGAACAAGAUGAUCGUCAGCGUUAUAUAGGAAUGAAAGCUGAAGCUGAUCUUUUACUGCGAGUCUCGACUAGCCCAAGUCAGUGUGAGGCGGGCGCCACUAACCUGCUCCACUGGUUGAACGUGAAGGAACCUGAUCGAGUCGUAUCGUGUCGCCACGCUGAUGUAGAUGCUCAAAUAAUUGAUUCAUGUUUCAGUGCACAGGGACAAAGUAAUCGUCACGGAAAAAACUGAAAGUGAAACUUCUCAUCGGAUCGACAUUCGAGCUAUUCAAUUGAGGCAAAAUCUACGACGACGACCGCGAUGUCUGCUUUUCGCUACAGAAGAUUGAUAAAGUAAGCAAAUCAUCUUCCUCCUCGCACAAGUUUUUUUGUUCUUGGACUCGGCUCAGUCAUCAUCUACUUCAUACAUCAUUUCUCAUACUCGAUCAUUAUCAAUCUACUUCAACUUGUACUGCUUCAGCUGAUACAGAAGUAGAAAACACAAUGCCGCCGCCGUCAUCUGUCGGUGCAGAUGCAGGGCGCACUGGCCGCAGUCGGAGCCCCAGGCGACAUCCGCAACGGGUUGAAGAUCUUUUCCAAGACGACUCAACACUGCAGAUGGGAGGGCUUGCCGGAAUAUGGAAAGUCAAGAACGACGAGAUGGACGAUGAAGUUCCGAGUAUGGUGUGGGUCGACACAGACGGUCAAAGUAUGCGAUUUUUCAAACAAGAUAAAUGGAAGAUGGCACGCGGCGCAGGGAGUCAGAAAAACACCAUCUUCAGUGUCAAAGCUAAAAUUGCGAACAGGAUGUGGGUCGCGAACGGUGUCCGUGCCGACGCCGAGAGCAUAACGUGGCAGAACGAAGCGGAUGCGGAUGAAAAAGCAACCUGGAUCCGUAGUAAAGAACACGCGCUGCCGUCCUGCUCCGGCGCUAGCUCUCGCCAAGUGCCCGGCAAUGGCGCGGAAAUCAAUCGGCCGAUUGUUAGCGCGGACAUGAUCGACGACGGGAUCGACCGAACGAUUGCGCAGGCAGAGGAGGCCUUCCAAGAGACGACCAAGGCUUUUCAAGAAACGACCAGAGCAGCGCUCGAAAAGCUGCGAAACGGGCUCCAGUCCGCGAAAAAAUGUGAGGUCGUUCCGAGCUGCAAAAUUUGCUUGACCCGCCCGGUUUCCGUCGUCCUUCUCGGCUGCGGGCACACGCUCUGUAACGAUUGCGCUGAUAUUCAGUGCAAACCCGGCAAAGUGUGCUUCGCGUGCAAGGUUCCCUACGCGGGGCGGCAGCAGAUGUUCUUCUCGUAGGGGUUCACGGGUUUGCAAUCUCUCUCGUUGGUGUCAACAAAGCGUGAUCCUGAAAACAGUUAGAUACCAAACUGACAUUCGUGCUUUUCCUAUUGCCCCCAGUAUGAUCCUUUGCUUUUCAGACUCAGAGAUGUAGAAACUAACCCGUCAGCACUUUGAGCUGUAAUGUCGUUCAAUCAGAAGUAGAAGUUUAGCACCUCCUGCACCUUGUCCCUGUGUUACCAUCUCUGUGAGUCGGCCCUGAGACGCGACGCAGAUGCUGAGAAUUCCAAUGCCCUGUUCUCCGACAUCCAGCUGUG